GGUUCUUGUUGUUUCGGGCGUGCCAUUCGUUUCUUUUUCUAUCUUGUACAUAGCCAGCCCGUCCUAAUACUUCUUUCUCAUCCUAUAUUCUAUUCUACCCAUCCACAAAAUGCGCUUCCUUGGUGCCUGGCUGGUCGGCGUCUAUGCAAUGGCUGUGGCGGCUGUACCACAUGUUCCACGCGAGAUCCUCGCGUAUAGAGCUUGGGACCUUCGCCUCCUCAGCACCGCCAUCCCAACCUGCAACCCAAAUGACUCCAACAUCGAUGUGAGCAUCUACCAUCGCUCUGGCCGGUAUGAUACAACCUGCCAAGCCCUGGAAGCCGACUACAAUGCCACGAACGUGAAGAGCCUGUCGUAUAAGAGUCCGAGCGAAGAUGACUGGCAUGAUCUGUGCAUGUUUAGUACCGCGGAUUGCUCGGGUGGUAAGAGUGCACUGUUGGGCUCUAUCACGGAUGGUUGGGAGGUGUGUUAUCCGUAUAAUGGGUUCCGGGGUUGGUCUGUUGUUGCCCAUGGAACGGCUUGUGUUUAGGUUGGUAUUGGAUUUUCGAAGGUGAAGGAGUAUGUGAUGAAUGGUGAAGGAGGGUAAACAUAACAACGUGGAAAUGUAAUUAUGGAGUGGAAUGAGGUUAUAGAUCGCAGUAUCGAAAUGGUACAUAACAUACAAAUCGUGCUCCUACUAGUCACGGCAUAAGCUCCAAGCA